CUCUACACAAAUGACCUAACUCUUAACACAACGCCAAGACGCCAUCCUGUGCAACUCACCACCAUCAUCAUUGCAAGUAAUACUACAAUACCAACAGCAACAUGAGCAGGUUACGAUCAACAAUGCAUAGCAUCAACAUGCAUUCAGAGAAAGGUUUACCUUUACCUGCUUCUUCGUCAUCCCACGUUUCCGCAAGACCAAGACGGAGAAGAGUAAUCAUCUUUUUCUUGUUGGUUUUGAUCACUUGCGUUUUCUUGACCCGUCGAUCAGAUUUUGAUGAAUUCAUGAAAAGUAAGCCUUUGGAUCGUUUCACAAAGAAUGGAACAUUCAAAGUUCCAUUGCCACAACCUACAGAUGAAGAUGUCGACCAACAUGUCACAGAAGUGCUUGUCAAUGAUAGCGAUAAAACAGAACUGACGGAAUCAGAAAAUGACAAAGGUUACGCACCUACAGAUGCACUACGCAAGCUAGCCAGUACGCUUCAUAUUCCUGUUCCACCAUCCGAACCACAUGAAGCCAAGAUCAAUCCAGCUGCCCCCCUCGAAGCUCUUUCAGGCACGCCCACGCCAUCUCAUACAGAUCACGUUUUGCUUCUUCUGAACGCUGUCAAGAGCAAGACGUAUUCUAUUCCAGCGGAAGUGGAAAAUCGCCUGAAUGAACUACGUCCAAAGACGGCUUUAGCAUUCUCUCAUGCUCUGUCUCUACUUAACGGCACUCCUGUAUCGCAAGAAGCAUCGCAUUCACCUCAACCCGAUUCGGAUUCAAACAUCGAUGACGCAAGAAUGUAUAUGGAAUCAUACGACUCAUGGCUAUCGAAGCAUAGAAAACAAUCACCUUUGACUGUUUUCUCUAAAUCAUACUGCCCCUAUUCGCGAAGGGCCAAAGAGCUGCUGACGAAGAUGGGCGCUCAGUUCGACCUUUAUGAAGUGGAUUUACGCCCUGACGCUCAAGCACUUCAACAAGGACUGAAAGAAGUAUCUGGUCAUAGUACUUUCCCUACUAUCUUUGUGCAAGAUUCAUUGAUUGGUGGUAGUGACGAUCUCCUUGGUCUAGAAAGUACGGGUGUCUUACGAGGUAUCCUUGAAGCAGCAGCAUCAUCGUCAAAACCAACGAUCCAAAAUGAAGAAAGAGACUCACAAAGCGGAGAUACCCCAAAUUCACCUAUCCAAAAUGAAGAAGGAGAUUCACAAAGCGGAGAAGAAAGAGAUUCACAAAGCGGAGAAGAAAGAGAUUCACAAAGCGGAGAAGAAACCAUGCGACCCGACGGAAGAGAAAGAUUGUUGAGUCAUGCUUGCUUACAGUCCGAAUAUUCAAGACCACUACGUCAUACAACUGAAUCCCUAAUGGUUCAUGUUGAAGACAUGCAAUCAAUUGCGGCACCAAUAAGUUAUGAACAUGUCAAAAAACGUGUACCAACCAGCACUUGCAAACCUCAGACGGAUUCUAGCCAAACGAACUUUGAGAGUUACUUUCCAGUAUCACUGCUAGACGUUUCGUACAAAUUGAGCGCAUAUAAUCAAAUCUCAAAGAUGCAAGCAAGAACCUUUACAUACGUUUUUCUUACAUUGGUUGCCAGUAUGGCAAUGCUUUCCAAGGCUGCUCCUAUUGGUAAGAUUGAAGGACGAGAAUUCUCAAGCAAUCAAACGCCAACUCCUGGUCAGGGUGAUACUUGUUAUACGCUUUGCUAGUUGUGAGUUCAGCAGCAUUGAAUGCAUUAACAGUUGAACAAAUUUAACCUUUCGCUUUGCAAUUCCCACAGAUAGCAUAGAUGGUGACAAG